GGUUCCCUUGCAGCACGGGAAUCCUUUACCGGUGAAAAAGAAAAGCAGUGCCAUUUGGCGCAGUUGUAAUUACAUCCGCUUACGAAGCGUCCUAAAUUAACAUUUUCGUCUUGUUUGAGGCGUUUUUGUUUUAUUUAAUUGUAGUGUUUACAUAGUUUUUCAUUUAAAGACCAAAAUGAGUUCACUAAACGUUAAAAAGCUCAAAGUAAACGAGCUGAAGGACGAGCUAAAAAAGCGUCAAUUGUCCGACAAGGGGCUGAAGGCCGAGCUAAUGGAUCGAUUGGAGGCCGCGCUUAAUGAAGAGGCCCUAGCCGGGGAUUCUCCGCUUGGUCAGGACGACGAAGACGAUAGCGUCACGUUAGCCGAUGAAGGCAACUCCGACUCGGUGCCUGAGGCUGCCGAACAAGAAUGUAUGGGGGAAGAUGAAGACGAGGUGGUCCCGGUUGAAGAAAGCAUGGAGGCCAACGAGGGUGAGGAAGAGGAGAAUAGGAACGGAGGGGAUGGAGACGGGGACGCCGUCGUGGAUGAGUGCACCGAGGAUGAUGAGAUGGGUGAGGGAGAAGAUUGCGAGGAUGAGAUGGACCCGAUGCUAAAAGGAGAUGUGGACGAUAUGGAGAAAAUUGAUACAGAGGACGGUGAGCCUGGAGACCAGACUACCGAGGAGGGGGAUGCGGACAAAGACGCGAAUGGCGAUCAGAAGAAUAAGAAGGGUGUUAAGAGACGCCGGGAGGAACAUGGAAGGGGCUACUUUGAAUUUAUUGAAGAAAACAAAUACAGCUGGGCGUCCUUCAAGUCUCCCCUGCCACCUCUGGAGGAGGAAGACGAGGAGUUUGACGACACCAAAGUCUGCCUGGACACCUAUAACUGCGACCUGCACUUCAAGGUGUCUCGUGACCGUUACAGCGCCUCCUCUCUCACCAUGGAGAGCUUUGCAUACUUGUGGUCUGGGGGCAAGGCCUCAUACGGGGUCACCCAAGGCAAGGCCUGCUUCGAGAUGAAGAUCACUGAGAAGAUUCCUGUGAAGCACAUCUCCAGUAAGAACAUGGACAUCCAUGAGGUGCAGGUGGGCUGGUCCGUGGCCAACAGCAGCUUGCUAUUGGGUGAGGACGAGCACUCGUAUGCCUACUCUGGGAAGGGAAAGAAGACUACAAACUGCGUGACGGAAGACUUUGGAGAGACGUUCGACGAGAACGAUGUUGUCUGCUGCCUUAUUGACUUCGAAGGGGAGAAGGUGGAGAUGUCCUUCUCCAAGAACGGCCAGGAGCCGGCGGUUGCGUUCCAGGUGGAGAAGGAGGCCCUGGGCAGCCAGGCGCUCUUCCCUCACGUCAUCUGCCACAACUGUGCGGUGGAGUUCAACUUCGGGCAGCAGGAUCUGCCGUUCUUCCCCUCGCCGGAGGGCUUCACCUUCCUGCAGGAUGUCCUGGUGGACCAGCGUGUCCGGGGGCCCAAGGGCCCAGAGACCAAGAAGGACUGCGAGAUGAUCGUCAUGGUGGGUCUCCCUGGGUCAGGAAAGACCACCUGGGUGAAGAAGCAUGUGGAGGAGAACCCGGGAAAGUACUACAUCCUGGGCAGCGACACCAUCGUGGAGAAGAUGAUGAUUGGCAGUUUGAAACGGCAAGCUAAAGAAACGGCCAAGCUCACAGCCAUUUCCCAGCGUGCACCUCUCUUCCUGGGCAAGUUCAUCGAGAUCGCCGCGCGCAAGAAGAGGAACUACAUCCUGGACCAUACCAACCUGUCCGCCCCAGGUCAGAAGAGGAAGAUGUGUCUGUUUGCAGGGUACCAGCGCAGGGCCGUGGUGGUAUGUCCCUCGGACGAGGACUACAAGCUGCGGGCUCAGAAGAAGGCUGAGAGCGACGGGAAGGAGGUUCCCGAGCACGCUCUCCUCAAGAUGAAAGGGUUCUUUUCCCUGCCCGAGGAAGGCGAGAGCUUCAGCAGUGUGGAGUUUGUGGAGCUGCAGAAAGAGGCGGCGGCCAAGCUGCUGGAACAGUACAAGGAGGAGAGCAAGACGGCCCUGCCUGCUGAGAAGAGGCCAAACCAGGGAGGAAUGACCCCCAAGAGGGGGGGUCCUGUCCGUGGAGGGGCCAGGGGGGGCAAGGGCCAGUUCAACCGCGGAGGGGGGCCCGGUCAUAGAGGAGGGAGUGGAGGGGGCCGCGGAGGCUUCCAGAACAGAGGCAACUUCAGAGGAGCACCAGGACCGCGAGGAGGGUUCAACCGCCACCCCAGGGGCUUCCUGCACCCCCCUGCAUUCAGAGGAGGCUUCCCCGCCCGUGGUAACUUCAACCGAGGCGGGGGCGGACCUAUCCCCAGCCUUGGGGGAGGAGCCCCCAGAGGUGGACCAAUGAGAGGCAACAUGGGCCACAGGGGAGGAGGAGCCCCCAUGAACAGAGGCGGUCCAAUGAACAGGGGGAACAUGAGCCAGGGAGGAGGGUCUCCCAACAUGAACCGAGGAGGAGGAGGGGGUGGAAACAGAGGCAGCUUCAGUCAGUUCCAGCCCAGAGGAGGCAGCAGCCGCGGCAAUUUCGGUAACAAGAACGGCGGUAACUACGGUAACAACAGGAACAACCGAGGCGGCGGCGGCGGUGGCGGUGGCGGCAGCUUUGGCAGCAGGAACGGCAGCUUCGGCAUGGACAAGGCCCAGGCCUUCAACCAGAGCUGGCAGCAAGGGUUCUGGAACCAGAAGCCAUGGAGCCAGCAGUACCAGCCGGGAGGCUAUUACUGAGAGACUGUGUGUUGACAGACAAGGGGGGCCUCAACCACCAGCCACGGACAUCUCUGAGUUUUUCUAGAACCCACUUUUUAAAAACCAACUGAAAAUAAUCAACCACCACAAAGCGAUGUAGAAACAUUCCACAUCUGAGGAGCGAGGUCUCUUUCAAGCUUUAUGGGUUCAAUUUAAUUUGAUUUAUUCGUAUUUUGUUUUGUACAUUUUAUGAUAUUUUUCCACUACUUUUAAAUCUCAUGCUUUUAAAGUCCUGUGUUUUUGGUAUAUCAGGAACCACACGUUGCUCAUGCAGCUGAUGUUGGAAGAUUUUCAGGGUUGUGCAUUUUAUCUGUGCUUUGUGAUUUUCUUUUUUUAUGAAUUGUAAAUAUUGUUUGCUUAGUUUCAUUUGUUUGUAUGCAAGGUUUAAAGAAACACUUAAAGAUUGAGAGAAUCCAGUGCUUGAAAGGCAUGGUAGCUAUAGCUUUGCUAAAGAAUUGUACUUAAAAGUAGUCAAGCAGCAUAGAACAACAUUUGAGUUGUAGAAACUGUAAGAGUUCAAAUUUGGGGAUUUUGUCUUUUGUUUCAAACAUCAACCAUGUAAUCUUAACUCCAUAGAUUUACAAUAAACUACAUGUUUGCUUUUUUACAACUUUCACGGCUUGUGAUUUUUUAUUUUGUACUUGUAUUUAAGUUCAAAGGUGCGCAACAGGCCUUUGUUGCAAUGGCUGGCCUGGUUUUCCACUGCGAAUGACAACAACGUCAGCUGUUCUGUUAUCUGAACCAGAAUUCAUUCAAUAAAGCUUUGCUCGAAUUGGA